CAGGGGGGGCAUAAAGACCCACAGCCUGCAGCAACCAGGACUCACAGCUCCUGGUCCAAACCCGAGCCACGUGCAGAGUCCACACAUAAACCCAGCCGCUGGGACCAAGGGCCGCCCCCCAGCAGACCCCCCCCCUCAAACCCCUGGCAGGUAGCAGGGGGCAACAGGCAGCCUCCUCCACCUGGAGCCGGCCCACCUGUCAGACUGCAGCAGGUUCCUGUUCCUAUGAAAGCUCUUCAGAGGCACUGGGAGAACUCUCCUGCCUGCAGUGCGUAUCCUCUGCCACCGGGGGGCAGCGCAGGCUUUGAUUUCUCCGUGCUGUCCUAUAACAUCCUCUCUCAGGACCUGCUGCAUGACAACUCCUACCUGUACCGCCACUGUCACCCUGGGGUGCUGUCCUGGGACUACCGGCUGCCCAACCUGCUGGCUGAGAUCCAGCAUUACAACGCUGAUAUUCUUUGUCUUCAAGAAGUCCAACAAGAUCACUACGAGCACCAGAUCAGACCUGCUCUCACCCAACUAGGCUACCACUGUGAGUAUAAGAAGCGUACGGGGAAUAAACCGGAUGGUUGUGCCGUCAUCUUUAAAACUUCCCGCCUGUCGCUCGUCUCCUCCAAUCCCGUCGAGUUUUUCCGACCCGGCGACGCCCUCCUCGACAGGGACAACGUGGGAUUGGUCGUUCUGCUGCGGCCGAACGACACCUCCGCCCAGUCGGAUCCCUCCUCCUUCAUCUGCGUGGCCAACACACACCUCCUCUACAACCCCCGCCGAGGCGACAUCAAACUGGCCCAGCUUGCCAUCCUAUUUGCUGAGAUCAGACGGUUGUCCCGCCUCCCGGACGGCUCGACCAAUCCCGUCGUUCUGUGUGGAGAUUUUAACUCGACCCCGCUGAGCCCGCUGUACAGCUUCCUGACCACCGGCUGCCUGGAGUACCAGGGGCUGCAGAUCGGCAUGGUGUCGGGUCAGGAAACCAGUCCCAAAGGUCAGCGUCUCCUCACGUCUCCGCUCUGGUCUAACAGUUUAGGAAUCAACCAGCGCUGCCAGUACGAAGACAAACACACAGCUGAGUCCUUCAUCAACCCCGCAGUAGAAGGAGCCAUCUCUAACAUGACUGUAGAAGAUCUGGUUAACAAAGCUGCUGCUGCUCUUUACAGAGCGAGGAUCGAGCACAGUCUGAAGCUUCAGUCGUCCUACCAGCACUGCCUGCCACCUGACGGGAGACCUGAGAUCACUACCUGCCACUCCCGCACCGCCAUGACGGUGGAUUACAUCCUGUACACUCCUACUGAAUUAGUCGGGCGGGGCUUGCAGCUGCUCGGCCGGCUCUCAUUGGUCGGCCAGUCGGAGCUGGAGGAAGUCAACGGUUUGCCCAAUCACCAGCACUCGUCCGACCACCUUCCUCUCCUCGCUCGCUUCCGGUACCGACGCUGACCUGACCCCAGGAGUCGCCACGGCAACGCGGGACAAGCCAGCCAAUCGGGAAGAUCUGAGUGCGGCUCAGGGAAGGACGGCGUGAUGACGACGUCUAGAGAUCGAGUUAAAGACUGAAUACUUGUGUCGGAUGUUUUACGUCAGCGGGAAACUUCAAAGGUGCUGAAGCUGAAUUUACACACAUAUCAAACUCUGUUAACCCUUUACUGGGCAAAUAAUUAUAUUUGGUAACUUCCUUCCUUCCUUCC